GAGAAGUAAGAAAGAAAGAAGGAAAUAGAGGAGACAGUUAAUAAAUAGAGAAAGAAGAAAAGAAAGAAAGAAAGAAAGAAAGAAAGAAACUAAGAUAGAGAAGAAAGAAAAAAAAUAAGACUUAAAUGUGAAUGAAGAUAAUUAGAUAAGAAAGGAAGGAAAAAGAAGAAAGAAAACGAGAGAAGAAGAAGAAGAAGAAGAAGAAGAAGAAGAAGAAGAAGAGAAAGAGGAAGAGGAAGAAGUCCACUCACGGAUAUGGCAUCAGGAGGAGGAGCAGAAGGAGAAGGAGGCGGAGGAGGAGGAGGAGUGGUAGUGGACGUGGUGGAGGAAAUCCUUCUUCGGUGCCAGCAGGACAUCCUCAACGCCUCGGGAACUCAGACAUCAGAAACGGCUACCUACAGAAUGGAAACCUGACAGGAACCAACGCGAGUCCUGAGGAACGCCUUAUCACUGACACCCACUACUACACUGACGACCCCAGGAUAUCUCAAGGACCAGGUGCACCCUAUGAGGAUACCUACAUGAAUCCUACGUCAUAUCCUGCAGCUACCCCUACAGGACACGUUUUCCUGGAGGGGUAUAGCAUAUGCGACCACUGCAACUUCACGGACACUGAUUUGGAAGUCCUUCUAAACUCCGGGACAUGUACACCUUCAGAUUUCUCCUCCUACAUGCCUUUAAUCUACCAAAUGUACGCUUGUAUCUUCGUAAUAGCGCUCCUAGGCAACACUUUAGUCCUCUACACAGUGGCGGCUAAUAGAAAAAUGCACACAGUCACCAAUCUCUUCAUAGCAAACCUGGCUGUGGGUGACCUGCUGAUAAUGGUGUUCUGUGUCCCGUUCAGUGUCGCGUCCAUCAUCGUCCUGCAGUACUGGCCGUUCGGGGAGGUGCUGUGUGUCUUCGUUAAUUAUUCCCAGGCCGUGUCAAUCUUCGUCUCGGCCUACACACUGGUAGCCAUAAGCUUGGACCGCUACCUGGCCAUUAUCUACCCGCUCCGGCCACGCAUGACUCGCUGCCAGGCUAAGGUGAUCAUUGCGGCAGUCUGGUUCAUGGCUCUCGUCACCACACUACCCAUCGCUGUCUUCUCUCGCCUCGACCCCACUGACCUUCGCGUGUAUCAGUGGUACGGACGCGAGGUAUGUCGAGAGGAUUGGCCCAACGAAAUGCUAAGAAAAUACUACACGAUGAGCUUAAUGAUCCUACAGUACUUUCUGCCUCUCCUUGUCCUUAUAUACACGUACUCAAGGAUCGCAUGCAAGGUGUGGGGUUGUCGAUCUACCCGUUUCUCUCACUCUGGAUGCAACACUCAGAUGACGCUCGUGGCAGCCCCUGAGACAGCCCGGGGACUACUGAGGACUAACGCCAGCGACCACUCCCCCGCCAAGAUGAUACGAAUGACCCUGGCUGUUGUCCUUGUCUACUCCCUCUGCUGGCUGCCCUUCAAUAUCCUCAUGGUGAUACUGGACUUCGUGGAGGAGGCAGGUUUCUGGACACACACCCAUCACGUCUGGUUCAUCUGUCACUGGCUGGCCAUGUCCCACGCCUGCUACAACCCUCUCAUUCUCUGCUGGAUGAAUACAAAGUUCCGAGAAGGCUAUCUGCUGGCUCUCUACCGCCUCCUGCCCUGUUGCCGCUCCCGCCUCUCCCACUCCCUCCUCCAGCUCAGGCAGUCAGCGGGAUUGCAGAGGGCGUAUACUUCAAGCACCAGGGCAUCUCGCACGCAGAGGUACAGCGCAGUUUAUUUGGAGUGUCAGGUGAGAGAGAACAAUGGUGACCUCCCUCCAACGGUACCAAUUCAUCACCAGCUUGAUCUGCCAGACCCACUUCACCACCACCACCUCCACCACCUCCACCACAAACCACCACCACCACAGCCGCCGCCACCACCACACAAACCCUGGGAGUCAAAGUUAUAGGUUGUGGUGUUGAGUUACUAUUGGUGUUGUUGUUGUUAGUGUUAGA